CAAAACUCAAAACACAGACCCCAGACACAACAGAGACUGCCUGACUGCACACUCGUCUUUAUUUUCACUGUUUCACUCAAGUGAGAAACUACAUGUUACUGUAUGAUAUUUGCAGAUCAAGCCGACUCAGCUCAAAGCCCUUCUUCCUAAAGAACAGAACAAUAGUUUAAAUCUGCAGUGGGACAAUGAGUAGCUCAAGAGUUCUUCACCCCCAUCCCGUGGCCAAACCAGACAAACUGCCGGUGAACCCGGGUCAGCACCAGCCUCUUCAUCAGCCACCGAUCAUGGCUCCUCUGAAAGUAACGCAGCGAUUUUAUCCACCAAGCGACUAUCCACGAAGAGCCAGCCUUCGCUUUGCACAUCUGUCCUCCUCUCCMCCCUCGUCAUACGUGCCUACAUCGCCCCGGAGCUGCUUCCGCAAGUACWGCUUCAGCGCGCACAAGAAACGUGUGGUAUUUGCAGAUGAGGUGGGACGGGCGCUGACCGUUGAGCAUGUGUUCACCUCUGAGCCCCCAUCCCCACCCCCUGCUCCAGCAACAAACCCCUGUCCACGCCCCUUGGAAGGUCAACAGAAUCCUGCAAACAGAAAUGGAUCGCUUACGUCCAAGUUUCGCCUGGGCUUCCCUCAGCCUGCAAAGGACUCUGACGCACUUAUUGCUCGCCUGCAAGAGAAAUGUGUACAAAUGAAGAGCUGCAGCAUUUCAGACAACACCUUGAUAGGUGAAGUGUGCGUUUUCCAUAGUUGCCCAAAAAGCACCGUCAAUAUGAAAAUGACUUUUGAUUCAUGGAUCACCCUCAAAGACAUUCCCUGUAAAUUCCUGGAGCAAAGGCGAGUCAAUGGCCUUGAUGUAGACGUGUUUUUCUUUGAAACAUGCUUGCCCCAAAUGGCAGACAAAAUAGAGCGGAUUGAGUUCUGCUUCACGUCCAGCCCAGGGCUCAGCUCUGUGCUGCACCGGGAUGACAACAUGGGACAGAAUUACAAAGUGCUGAGGGACAAAGCCGGCUCAAGUCCAAGCAAAGACUAUACAAAGCAGUUUUACCCCAUGCUUUCAAAGUACCAGCCACCUGUUUAUCCACAGUUUUCUUCUUAUCUCCGAAACUGUGAGAAUCUGACAUACCUCCAUAGUCAUCUGCUAAGCAGUGGACUUAGGUCUGCAAUCCGCGAACCACUGUGUUGGAUGGCGUAAAACAUCCAAUAUGGUGGCAUGUCAGCACAAAUAUGAUUCUGGAUACAGAAUACCCUGCUGUAAUGUGAAUGAUGUAUUAUUAAAUUAUUAAAUUAUUUUUAUUUUUUCAACUUCUGCUGAAGUGAGUUUUUUUUUCCAACUAAAAAUAAAUGUGUUUGUGUAAAAUCGUAUUAGCAAAUACAUGCAAGAAAUCAGUGUGUGUUAUCUACAUUGGAUCAGAUUCCUGCUGUGUAUCCGUCUGUUGAGUCAGGCAUACCAGGCAGAGAUAGGUCAACAAAGCAAAAAGGAUCUUCUGGGAAAGCAGUUUGGAUUGAAGAGUAUGUCCCAGACACUCCCUUGGCUUCAACAUUCUUGGAAUUGUUACAUCUUGUACUAUAGACAACUGGUUUGACAAAUUUGAGACGGUACGUACUUUGCUUUUGUACGGACUUGUGUUUAUGAGAGAGGGUGGAGUCAUUACAAAACAUCUUAGCAACUACAGUGAGAAAGUUCUUGCUACUCUAGUUUCAUUUCCACCCAGGUCACACUUUUUUUUUCUUGACUUUUAGUUCCUUGAGGCUGCUGCUGUCCUAUUUCAACCUAAGUGAAUGUUUACAGGCUUGUGGUAUCAGUUGACAUGUUGUAUUAGAUCUGUUUACAAUUAUCUGAUCCUUUUCACGUUUUAUUUGUUUUAAGAGAAAGCAUGCAUGAUAUAUAUUUUUUUCUAAUAAAAAUCUGAAAAGUGA